CCGCCCCAGCCCGGGGCCGACUCCACCUCCCGGGGCUCCGCGCGGCCGCCGCUUCCCACCGCGGGGCUGUGCCUGCCCGCGCCGGCCCGCCUGCUGCUGCCCUCGGCCUCGCCGCUCAGGACGGGGCUGCCGAGAUGCCCCGCCGCGGCGCAGGGCCCCGGGCCGCCCCCGACGUGUGACCCCAGCCUGGUGCCCCUGCUCGGCCGCCCGCCGUCCCCCGGGAGACCCCCGGCGCGGCCCGCGGGGGCGGAGGAAGACGACGACGACCAGGUCGCGGGGGGCAUGUCCGGGCCCCGGAGCGCGAGCCCCCCGGGCUGCGCGGCGACCCGGGGGGGCCCGGAGCACCGCGCGGCGUGGGGGGAGGCGGAGGCCCGCGCCAACGGCCACCCGCACGCCGCCGGGGGCGCGACCCGCGGCUGCAGCAAGAAGCCCGGGGGGGCGGUGACCCCGCAGCUGCAGCAGCAGCAGCAGCACGAGCAGCAGCAGCACGAGCAGCAGCAGCACGAGCAGCAGCAGCAUGUGCAGCAGCAGCGCCUGGCCAAGCGCUGGCGCGGCGACGACGACCCCCCGCUGGGCGGCGACGACCCCCUGGCCGGGGGCUUCGGCUUCAGCUUCCGCUCCAGGUCGGCCUGGCAGGAGCGCGGCGGCGACGACUGCGGGCGCGGCAGCCGGCGGCGGCGGCGGGGCGCGGCGGGCGGGGGCAGCUCCCGGGCGCCCCCUGCGGGCGGCGGCGGCGGCCCGGCGGCGGCGGGCGGGGCGGAGGUGCGCCCCCGCUCGGUGGAGCUGGGCCUGGACGAGCGGCGGGGCCGGGGCCGCGCGGAGCCCGAGCCCGAGCCCGAGCCCGAGCCCGAGGCCGGCGCCCCCGGGGGCGACCGCGGGGCCCCGGACGGCGACGGCCCCGCGGGGCCGGGCGCCUGCUGCCGCGCGCUGCUGCAGAUCUUCCGCUCCAAGAAGUUCCCGUCGGACAAGCUGGAGCGGCUGUACCAGCGCUACUUCUUCCGCCUGAACCAGAGCAGCCUCACCAUGCUCAUGGCCGUGCUGGUGCUCGUGUGCCUCGUGAUGCUGGCCUUCCACGCGGCGCGGCCCCCGCUGCGGCUGCCCCACCUGGCCGUGCUGGCGGCCGCGGUCGGGGUCAUCCUGGUCAUGGCCGUGCUCUGCAACCGCGCCGCCUUCCACCAGGACCACAUGGGCCUGGCCUGCUACGCGCUCAUCGCCGUGGUGCUGGCGGUGCAGGUGGUGGGCCUGCUGCUGCCCCAGCCGCGCAGCGCCUCCGAGGGCAUCUGGUGGACCGUGUUCUUCAUCUACACCAUCUACACGCUGCUGCCCGUGCGCAUGCGGGCCGCCGUCCUCAGCGGAGUGCUCCUGUCGGCCGUGCACCUGGCCAUCGCCCUGCGCGCCAACGCCCAGGACCGGUUCCUGCUCAAGCAGCUCGUCUCCAAUGUCCUCAUUUUCUCCUGCACCAACAUCGUGGGUGUCUGUACCCACUACCCGGCUGAGGUCUCCCAGAGACAGGCCUUCCAAGAGACCCGGGAAUGCAUCCAGGCACGGCUCCACUCGCAACGGGAGAACCAGCAACAGGAGCGGCUCCUGCUGUCUGUCCUGCCCCGUCACGUUGCCAUGGAGAUGAAAGCAGACAUCAAUGCCAAGCAGGAGGAUAUGAUGUUCCAUAAGAUUUACAUCCAGAAACAUGACAACGUGAGCAUCCUGUUUGCUGACAUCGAGGGCUUCACCAGCCUGGCAUCCCAGUGCACUGCCCAGGAGCUGGUCAUGACGCUCAAUGAGCUCUUCGCCCGCUUCGACAAGCUGGCUGCGGAGAAUCACUGUUUACGUAUUAAGAUCCUGGGGGAUUGUUAUUACUGUGUCUCUGGGCUGCCCGAAGCGAGGGCCGACCACGCCCACUGCUGCGUGGAGAUGGGCAUGGACAUGAUUGAGGCCAUCUCGUUGGUCCGGGAGGUGACAGGGGUGAACGUGAACAUGCGCGUGGGAAUUCACAGUGGGCGAGUACACUGCGGUGUCCUUGGUCUCAGGAAGUGGCAGUUCGACGUCUGGUCUAAUGACGUCACGCUGGCCAACCAUAUGGAAGCUGGAGGCAAGGCUGGGCGCAUCCACAUCACCAAGGCCACACUCAGCUACUUGAACGGUGACUACGAGGUGGAGCCAGGCUGCGGGGGCGAGCGCAACGCCUACCUCAAGGAGCACAGUAUCGAGACCUUCCUCAUCCUGCGCUGCACCCAGAAGCGGAAAGAAGAAAAGGCCAUGAUCGCCAAGAUGAAUCGCCAGAGAACCAACUCCAUUGGGCACAACCCGCCCCACUGGGGGGCCGAACGUCCCUUCUACAACCACCUAGGGGGCAACCAGGUGUCCAAGGAGAUGAAGCGCAUGGGCUUCGAAGACCCCAAGGACAAGAACGCCCAGGAAAGUGCGAACCCUGAGGAUGAAGUGGAUGAAUUUCUGGGCCGCGCCAUUGACGCCAGGAGCAUCGAUAGGCUGCGGUCGGAGCACGUCCGCAAGUUCCUCCUGACCUUCAGGGAGCCUGACUUAGAAAAGAAGUACUCCAAGCAGGUGGAUGACCGAUUCGGUGCCUACGUGGCAUGUGCCUCGCUUGUCUUCCUCUUCAUCUGCUUUGUCCAGAUCACCAUCGUACCCCACUCCGUGUUCAUGUUGAGUUUCUACUUGACCUGUUUCCUGCUGCUGACGUUGGUGGUAUUUGUGUCCGUGAUCUAUUCCUGCGUGAAGCUCUUCCCGGCCCCGCUCCAGAGCCUCUCGAGGAAGAUCGUGCGCUCCAAGACCAACAGCACCCUGGUCGGGGUGUUCACCAUCACCCUGGUGUUCCUGUCGGCUUUCGUCAACAUGUUCAUGUGUAACUCCGAGGACCUGUUGGGCUGCCUGGCGGACGAGCACAACAUCAGCACCAGCCGGGUCAAUGCGUGCCACGUGGCGGCGUCGGCGGCCAACCUCAGCCUGGGCGACGAGCAGGGCUUCUGCGGCAGCCCCUGGCCCAGCUGCAACUUCCCUGAGUACUUCACCUACAGCGUGCUGCUCAGCCUGCUGGCCUGCUCCGUGUUCCUGCAGAUCAGCUGCAUUGGGAAGCUGGUGCUCAUGCUGGCCAUUGAGCUCAUAUACGUGCUCAUCGUCGAGGUGCCCCGGGUCACACUGUUUGACAACGCUGACCUGCUGGUCACCGCCAAUGCCAUAGACUUCAACAACAACAACGGGACCUCGCAGUGCCCUGAGCACGCGACCAAGGUGGCGCUGAAGGUGGUGACGCCCAUCAUCAUCUCCGUCUUCGUGCUGGCCCUGUACCUGCAUGCCCAGCAAGUGGAGUCCACCGCCCGCCUGGACUUCCUCUGGAAACUGCAGGCCACGGAGGAGAAGGAGGAGAUGGAGGAGCUGCAGGCCUACAACCGGCGGCUGCUGCACAACAUCCUGCCCAAGGACGUGGCUGCCCACUUCCUGGCCCGCGAGCGACGCAACGACGAGCUCUACUACCAGUCGUGCGAGUGCGUGGCUGUCAUGUUCGCCUCCAUCGCCAACUUCUCCGAGUUCUACGUGGAGCUUGAGGCCAACAAUGAGGGUGUCGAGUGCCUGCGGCUGCUCAAUGAGAUCAUCGCUGACUUUGAUGAGAUCAUCAGUGAGGAUCGGUUCAGGCAGCUGGAGAAGAUCAAGACCAUUGGCAGCACCUACAUGGCCGCCUCAGGCCUCAAUGACUCUACAUACGACAAGGUGGGCAAGACCCACAUCAAAGCCCUGGCUGACUUUGCCAUGAAGCUCAUGGACCAAAUGAAGUACAUCAAUGAGCACUCCUUCAACAACUUUCAGAUGAAGAUCGGGCUCAACAUCGGCCCCGUGGUGGCCGGGGUGAUCGGGGCUCGCAAGCCUCAGUACGACAUCUGGGGCAAUACGGUGAACGUGGCCAGCCGCAUGGACAGCACCGGCGUGCCGGACCGCAUCCAGGUCACCACGGACAUGUACCAGGUGUUGGCUGCCAACACGUACCAGCUGGAGUGCAGGGGUGUGGUCAAGGUCAAGGGCAAAGGCGAGAUGAUGACCUACUUCCUCAACGGUGGGCCCCCGCUCAGUUAGCAGCUGCCAACUGGUGAUGCCAGGCCGCCUGGCCUCCUGAGAAACGGAAAUGGCUUCUUUGUGUGCCGGUGGGCAGGUGGAAGCCUGCGCUCUAGCCCGUGUGGCCGCGCCGGUGAGAUUUUCCACUUUGACUCCAGAAGCAGCUUCUGCCUUUGUGGGCAGGCCCCAGGCCCUGGGGUGCCAGCGUCCUGCGAGCACCAAGCUGACCAAAGAUGUUUCCUCCGUAGAAGACUCCGCCAGGCGUGAUCUGAGUCUCGAGUUUUCUAACGGGUGCUGCUACUGCACGGGUAGAAAGGAGCUGCUGGAGCUCUGGCAGCGUGUGGUAGCCAGGCGUGCGGCGACAGGGCUGACGGGGAGGCCUCAGCCUGGGGGACCCAGGGCCCCGCUUUCCUGUGUGAGCAUUUCAGCUUCCGCCAGAGGCCACGGCCCCUACCCCACGGAGGGGCUUCUGGCGGGAGUGCUGGCUGUGGAGGGGCUGCGGCCUUCUCCGCAGUCCCCCUCCUGCACCCGCACACGUAGACGAUGCCUCGUUGAGGGGAACGGAACGAAGUGCGAGGGGGAGGUGAGAGGACUUGAGGCACGGAGGGGUGGUUCUGAGAAAAAGAAUAUUUAUUAAAUAAAACAACUUUCUGUGCCCUUCUUUA